AUGACUCCGGUAGAUCCCAGCAGCUCCCUGUGUGAUGUGCAAAAAGAACAACCACCACAAAUCAACGUCUUUGAUCGCGAACAUACGACUACUCCAAAGUCGAGCCUAGCUCCCAGAUCCGUAAGCCUAUCUGUUUCCGGGUCGGAGAACGCUAAACAGUGUAGUGAUAAGGAUGGUUUACCCGACAAGUUGAUCCAACAUUUGUCUUCGCGUCUUGAAACGGGUCUUGAUGGAACAUCAAAGUGGACCGACCCGUUCAUUGACACCGUUAAAAGAGGCAACGCCUUUGUUGUGGCUCGGAGGUACACCUCGGAUACUAAGGUCAGUCAGCCCGUAUCACAGGAUAUGCUCAAUCAAGAGACUCCCGGAGAGCAGUUGUCGGUUUUGAAGACACUAAUUGAGAGCAAAGAUGUAAAAGACUGUCUGUGGGUAAACGCUUUAGGGAUAGAAGAGAAGUUGCUGGCAGGUUUAUCGGAGCUCUCUAGCCUUCCUUCCGCCACAUUCUAUGAUCAUAUACGUUGCUCCGAGCAUCGUCAUCAUCGCUCCCAUGUCGAAUUUCAUCCCUCUUACACUUACAUCCAACUACUAGUUCAAGAUACCGAGAAAGACAACGAUACAUCUCCCAUAUACGACAUGAUCAAAGAUCUUUCCCCCAUAAAGGGCCAACAUCCAUCUGAUAUGUGGAUCAACACAGUAGAAAACAAGAUCGAGCGUUUGAUUCGGGCAGGAUUUAUAACCGUUUUCAUCAUACCCCCUUUAAACCUUCUGGUCACGAUUACUCAUCCUUAUUAUGAUUGUCCAGCAUCAAGACUUGUGGUACACACCGCGAGAAUGCAGAUGGAAAUCCCAGGUCAGCUGGAAGUGGCGGUCGAUGCGAGAUUGCUUGGUUUGAGUAUUUUUCAUCGGACCACAGGAUAUGCAAGUGGAGUAGUACGACAGGUAGAGAAACAAGCUAAACACUGGGAAGAAGAUGUGAAGCGAAAUCCCUCGACAGUGAAGCUUGAAGAGAUCCAUUUGAUCAUCACAAAUUUGAACGAUUUCAAAAAACGCCUGAGACAACUGAUAACGGUCAACAACAAAUUGAAAAAACAUGCACCAUUUUCAUCGUCUGGAUAUUGUGAAGGACAGAUACUUACUCGAACUCAUAUACUCUUAAAUCAAGCUGCAGAAACACUGGAGCGUGUAAUUGAGGAUACAGAUGCUUUAGUAGAAAAAUACAGAAGUCUCGAGGGAUUCGUCUUCAAUAUGAUAUCCAAUAGAGCAAACGAUUCAAUGGAGAGAUUAGCAAUAGUGACGAUUGUCUUUCUGCCUUUGACUUUCAUAGCAUCGUACUUCUCUAUGGGAUUCGACGACUUUCCUGAUCUGAGCAGACCUACGAUAUAUUUCUGGGAAAUAUCGAUACCUCUAUCAAUGGCUUUCUUCGUCAUUUUCGCUUGGUCCAACCUCCGACGUGCAUUAACUUGUAUGUGGAUCACGGUCAUAAAGCUCAAGAAAUGGUUAGAGCAACAGAAAAAGUGGUGGAAGAAGGAUUUCGAAUUAUGGUGGGGUCAGAAGGUCGCCAAACGGGAUGAAAGAAAGGCCCGCGAGCGAAAUAGUGUGGCUUAG